UAAAGCUUAGAGUAUAUUGUCUUCUCUUGCUUAUGAAGCCUCCACCCACCGGCCCACCCUACAUUUAGCGGAUCAUGUGACCGUGGUAAGUCAUUUGCAAGUACAACAGUUCUCUGUGAGCUCCCAUUCAUUUCCUGAGAACUGCCCUGAGCAGCUGAGAGGAGCAGAGAGGGGAGGGAGUCACAGAGAGAGAGAGAGAGAGAGAGACAGACAGAGAGGACUGUAUAAGGAAGACAGUUUCUGUCGCUCUGCAGCUUCUGGUCAGACGCCAUCAAUAACAGGAUGUUAAUGCUAGACGGAAUGCCUGCAGUCCGAGUCAAAGCAGAACCUCUGGAAUCUGAGAGAGGGUCACCCAAAGUGCACGGCUAUCCAGAUAUGGAGGCAGUGCCGCUUCUGCUCAGCAAAGUGAAAGCAGAACCUCCAGAAGACCUGCUUUCAUCUGAUCAAUUCCAGACCCAAACGGAGCCUGUGGACCUGUCCAUCAACAAGACACGGACGUCAUCUCCUUCAUCCAACACCUCACCUGUUACCUCAGCCUUCUCUCCAUCCUCUUCUUCAUCAUCGUCAUCCUCACCUUCCGUCAUCGCCUCGGUAUCCUCUGGAAUGCCCUCUGUGUUGACACCCGGGUCCUUGGUGGGCUCUUCUCAUGGAGUUAGGGGCCAGCAGUUUUUGCACAUCAUCCACCCCGUCCCCCCUUCAAGCCCCAGUAAACUGCCCAGCCAGGUGCACCGUAUCCCUGUGGUGGUGCAGUCUCUGCCCCUCAUGUACACCACAGCCGUACGUUCCCCAUCCACCCUUAGCUCUACCAUCAUGUUACCUCUCCUGGAUGAGGCCAGGUGCCAGGAUAAAGCACAAACAGACCCCAAUGGCCUGUCGCCAAGACAAAUCAAAAGUGACAGUGAUGAUGACGACCUGCCAAACGUGACCUUGGACAGUGUUAAUGAAACAGGAUCCACGGCGCUGUCUAUAGCACGAGCAGUACAGGAUUCCAUGUCACCAUUCAGUAUUGAGAGCAUUCGACGACCACCUCCACCUGAAUCUCCAGACUCAAAGAAGAGACGCAUCCAUCGCUGCGACUUUGCAGGCUGUAAUAAAGUUUAUACCAAGAGCUCCCAUUUAAAGGCACACCGGAGGACACACACAGGUGAGAAGCCAUACAAGUGCACCUGGGACGGCUGCACAUGGAAGUUCGCCCGCUCGGACGAGUUAACACGGCAUUACCGCAAACACACUGGGGUCAAACCCUUUAAGUGCGGAGACUGCGACCGAAGCUUCUCUCGCUCAGACCAUCUGGCCCUGCACCGCCGGAGACACAUGCUGGUCUGAACACACACACAUACACGCAUGCAUACACACACACAGGAGAGCUGGAUCUCCCCCAAUACUGUUCAGCUGGGCUGGACACACAAAUGGCUAUCCCUGCUCCUCAUAAACAUCCAGAGAGGAUAAAAGAGCAAGCAGAAGACGGAGGAUUAUAAUGCUUUCCCCACAAUUGCAGAGCUAAACAGGGUCCAUUCAGGAAGAGACGAGGCUCAGCUACGCAUUUUGGAGUCCAGGAUGUUGAUCGUUUCAUUUGUGUUCAAAGGAAUAUUUCACUCGGGCAAACGCUUUCUUUCCUGAUUUAUCUUUUUCUUUCCGAAUCAUACUUUCGUUCUGUUUAAACAUGGCUGCUUCUUACUCAACAUUUACAAUGUGAAGAAAUGCAGCGUGGAACGGCUUCGUGGAACGGUUUGCUUGCACAUCUUUUUUUUUUUUUCU